AUGGAAGCUCUAACUCGGUUGCUGGAGGAAGCUGUUGAUGCAGGCCUGAUCCGCCUACAUCCCAUGUGCCAGGAACCGAGAAUCACACAUCUACUCUUUGCAGAUGACCUCCUGAUAUUCUCAGAUGGCUCACGCCACUCGCUAACGGGCAUUAAGAAGGUUCUGUCUGAUUUUAAAGCGUUGACGGGUCUUGACAUGAAUGCUGCAAAGUCGGAAAUUUUCUUUGGGGGUUACACAGAAAUUCAGAGCUCUGUCUUGAGUGAUAUAGCUGGAGUCAAACUUGGAACCUUCCCUACAAGAUAUCUGGGCCUGCCUCUUAACCCGAGCAGAGUAAGCUAUGCCACCUUGCAACCUUUUUUGGAAAGAAUAACCUCAAAAAUGCACUCUUGGACUGUGAAGAACUUAUCUUUUGCUGGAAAGGUAAGAAUGGUGGCUUCGGUGAUUUAUGGAAUGGUGAAUUUCUGGAGUUCGGUUUUUGCUUUGCCAAAAAGAUUCUAUGAGAAGGUGGAUUCGUUGUGUUGUGCCUUUCUUUGGAAAAACAGGACUUCUUCAGCUGCUGGAACCAGAGUAAGCUGGUCUGAUAUUUGCAAACCAAAAAAGGAGGGUGGGCUGGGUCUGAGACGUCUGGAGGAAUUUCAACAAGUUUUCAACCUUAAGAGGGUGUGGAACUUUUUCUCAGGGUCAGGGUCUUUAUGGGUUGCGUGGUUGCAUUCUAAUGUGUUUUCUAGGCGAUGCUAUUGGACGACUGCGGACUCUCAAAGGCUCUCUCCAACUGUGCGGAGUAUGAUUAGAAUAAAAGAGACUGUGGCAGAGUUUCUAAGAUGUUCGAUUCGUGACGGCAGAGCUGCUAGCUUUUGGUAUGAUUAUUGGACACAUAUGGGACCUUUGAUUGAAGGCUUUGGUCAGAGAGGACCGCGGGAACUCAGGAUCACUCUUGAAUCAGUUGUGGCUGAUGCCACUGUGAAUGGGGAGUGGCAACUUCCACCUGCUAGAUCUAAUGUUGCUGAAACCUUGCAAAUAGGUAAUUUGAGUGGUAUUACUAAGCGGUGUGGACCACCUGCUUCUUGGGACUGGAAUGCUGUUGAAAAGCUUACUUGGUUUUUAGUCAUAUUUUACAACAGCACCUGGGUUGUCUCUGCCUCAUCUAAGGUCAUUGCAUUCAAAUGCUAUGGUGAGAUAGUGACAAUUGAGAGAAAUCUGACUGGUUUAGCUAGUAGCUUAGACUCUGAGUUGAAGUUGAAGGCAUCAGAAAUGUUGAAGAAGUUUUUAAAGUAUUGGGAUGGUAUCAUGGGUGUCAACAAGAUGUUGAUCUUAGCGACCAUCUUUGACCGUACAAAGAAGAUGCAUUUCGCAAAGCUCUGUUUUGAGAAGCUGUGUGGGAAAGAUAGCUUGGAGGCUAAGGAAAUGGCAAAAUCGGUGACUGAACUUCUCACAUCCAUGUUUAAGGAGUACAUUAUGUGA